GAGACGCAGAUUUAAGGAGGGUUCUAUUAUUUUCUGUUGCCUUACAAAUCACAUUUUAAUAUCUCUUAGCGCUCUGAAAUUCAGAAGAAAAAGCAAAAACAAAAAAAUGGGUUCCAUUGCAAAGGAUCCAAGAGAGGAUGUCAUACAAGCAUGGUACAUGGAUGACAGUGAUGAGGACCAGAGGCUUCCUCAUCAUCGUGAGCCAAAGGAAUUUGUGUCUCUUGACAAGCUUGCUGAACUUGGAGUGCUCAGCUGGAGACUUGAUGCUGACAAUUAUGAAACUGAUGAGGAGUUGAAGAAAAUUCGAGAAGAUCGUGGAUAUUCAUACAUUGAUUUCUGUGAGGUUUGCCCUGAGAAACUACCGAAUUACGAGGAGAAAAUCAAGAACUUUUUUGAAGAACACUUGCACACCGAUGAGGAGAUCCGUUACUGUGUUGCAGGAAGUGGUUAUUUUGAUGUCCGGGAUGUGAAUGAGAGCUGGAUUCGCGUCUGGGUAAAGAAAGGUGGAAUGAUUGUUCUGCCUGCUGGAAUCUAUCACCGCUUCACGCUUGAUUCAAGCAAUUACAUUAAGGCAAUGAGGCUCUUUGUUGGUGACCCAGUAUGGACUCCAUACAAUCGUCCACAUGAUCAUCUGCCUGCAAGGAAAGAAUAUGUUGAGACGUUUGUCCACGCGGAUGGCUCUGGUUGUGCUGUUAAUGCUGCUGCUUAAAUCUACUAGAGUCGAUGAACUUGAAAUAUUACUAUGCUGUAAUAAGUAUUGCCAUAUGGUGGUUUUGCUGUUCUUGAUGUGUGCCUUCAUCAGGUUGUUGAAUGUUGUAUCCUGGCACUAAAUAAAUCCCCCUCUAUGGGAGAUUGAUUGCUUAUAUGCAAGUGGAAUCUAUCAUGUGACUUUAUGUACUUUGUUCUUGUCAAGUGGUCCAAUAUUUCCUAA